UUCUCGCCUCCAUUUCAGAAGAGAUCUCUAUUUCCCAUCAAAGACGUCAGAGUUGUGUUUACGCAUGCGCCAAAGAGCCAGAAGAAGAGUUUGACAAACGGUGUUGUUGCAUGUGUGAGAGGUGGUCCUCAUAUUCUAAGAGGAAUGUAUCCUGUUACCGAAACUGUCGGGCACGGAACAGUGCCAGCUUUCUUGUCGAAGCUUUGGACGUUGGUUGAGGAUCCAAAUUACAACCAUUUGAUUCGGUGGGAUGAGACUGGUCAGAGUUUCCAUGUCUACGAGCAGGCUCAGUUUGCCAAAGAGGUUCUACCUCUAUACUUCAAGCACAGUAACAUAGCCAGCUUUAUCAGGCAGCUAAACAUGUAUGGUUUCCGCAAAGUGCUGAAUGUGGAUCAGGGAGGGUUAAAGUCGGAGAAGGAUGAUCUGGAGUUUCAGCACCCUUACUUCUUGAGGGAGGAGCACCUGCUAGAGCAUAUCAAGAGGAAGAUGGUGAGUUUGACACCUGUAGAUGCGAUGAAGGUCAAGUCCGAGGAUAUCAGCAAAGUGCUGACAGAUGUUACCAGCCUACGGGGCAAACAGGAUCAUAUGAAUGUCAAAAUAGACAACAUGAAAAGAGAGAACGAAGCAUUAUGGCGAGAAGUAGCCAACCUGAGACAAAAACACUCCAAACAGCAGCAGAUUAUCAACAAGCUGAUAGGCUUCCUUGUUACUUUGGUGGGAGGAAGCCAUCGGGCAGGUCUCAAAAGAAAGAUGCCCUUGAUGUUACCGGACGCCAGCCAGGUGGCAGCCAAGUCUCCCAAAUUCUCAAAAGAUUACAGCAUCGAUGAGACCCCUACGGAAUACAACAUAGAUUCUCCCCAAUCAUCUUCGUCCCCUACUUCGUCUGGCCCGAUUAUUCAUGAUGUGACAGAUUUCCUCAACAUGAGCGAAGUGGAUAAUGGAGCUCCUUCUAACAGUAACAUUAGUAGCCCAACCAUCACAGUUACUCCUCAGUCCACAGACCAGUCCAGUUCUACAUCUAACAGUGCCCCUGUGCCUGUACAGUCUGUUCCGUGUAUUCAGGUGCCUGACUCUCCCGUCAGAUCCCGCUCAACCACACCCAUCAAGUCUCGGUCAGCCACACCCACCCUAACCCUCAGCCUAACACCAAUUCACUGCCCCGAUUUAGUGACCCCAGCUUUUACAAGACAGAGUCUUUACCUCCUCAUCACCCUGUGCCUCCUGAAAUGUGGUAAUUAUUUCCGUGGACCUAGAUCGUUCUUCAUACGCGUUCGUCGUUAUCAUUGUGAAAACCAGAAAUUUGCCAUCUUGUCUGAUGUUUUGAUCUGGUUCGUUUUCAGCCUGGAGAUGUCCAACCACCUUGAAGACAUUCAGAUGGACAUCAACAACCUGAAGGAUAUUCUCGGAAGCCCAACCUAUAACCUGGACCCAAAUCUUCUGAUGGGGUUGUUUGAUGUAGAUUCCCCGCUCUCUCCACUAGGCACCAAUGAGACAAAGGAUCAUGCAUCACCUUCCACAUCAUCAUUACAAGUCCCAGAGCAGCCAGUGGGCAAUGAGCUGGUCCAGUACACACCACUGGAUGAUGUGCCCUCGCUACUGGACCUUGCAGAUGACAGCGACAAUCUCCUCCCCAACUCCAGUGAUGUCCUCGGCUCUACCCAGCCCUUUAUAGACUUUGACAUGGUCCUCAACACGCCAAUGCCGGCGGAGGAUAAUUCGGAAUUCAAACUGAACCUACCUGAUCCAGGGGUCAGCGCGGAUGAUUUGGACUAGCACAUCGACACCCCCACUCGAUACCCUCCUGCCAGGUAUCCACACUCUUGGCACCCUCAUUGUGAUCUGUAAAUAAACAAGCAUUGGGUGUGUGAUGGAGUUCGUCUUUGUGAUCUUCAGGUGGGAUGUUAAUGGGUGACGUUUGUUUCUACUUUGUGGGAUGGAUUGGAGAUGCAUUUCCUCGACAGCAGCUCUUAAAAUGUUACUGGAUUGUUUUAUUAUCGUUACUGUAAAUAGCUUUAAUUGAUUGAAGUGCAGCAUCCAAGGUGCAGUUGAUGACAUCUGAAUAACAGGUAGAAAUUAAGAAAGUAUGUUAAGGAAAUCAUAGCAUAUUUGUUAUAAAAUAUUUUCAUGUUAAUGGAUAUGAUAUCAUGAAGCAAACAAGAAGAAAUUUAUCUUUAGUGACUAUUGUUGUUUGGAAUUCCGACUUCUUCAGGCCAAAUUUCUUGACACAGUACAGCUUAAAUACACAAGUGUAGCAUUAGACCUGAAUUAUUCUUUCAUGCCAAAUCUCACAAGAGUUAUAGCCCUUUUCUCUGUAUCAUUACCCACAGACUCCUGUAGUAUAGUUACAAAAUUUCAGCGACUUACCCUUUGGGAAAUCAACCCCUUUGGGCUAUGAUAUACAGAGUUACAACCCUUUUUCCAUGUUACCAAACAUUACGACAUGUUUUAUCCAUUAUAUUAACACGACAUGUACAAAACACCG